ACCGAUUCUCUUUUUUUUAACAGAACGAGAUUAGUCUACUGGAUAAGAUAUCAACUUGUUACAAAGUACUUUACCAAGCUUAUUUGCUGUGAGGACUACAAAUGGGAUUCGGAACAGAGUUUAUGUCUUCCAAUAACGGUUCCAGAUGACCUGUCGACUCUAACCGUGACAACAGAAAGUUUACUUACUGGUCCGUCUCACAAUCAAGUACCUAAUGUCAUAAUCAGCAUUAUCGUCGUCAUCAUUGUCGCAGUAUCGAUCGCAUUGGUCUGCGUGGUGUAUCGACGUCGUAGAGCUCACAGGAUACAGACGAAAGUUCAUCAAGCCUUGCAGAUGAAACAUCUGAAACACUCGGACAUAUCAGAAGCAACCCUAACCACAAAAGCUGCAAAACCAACCGAGAAGGUAGAUGGACCAACCAAGAACUCCCGCGUAACACAUAAGCAGGAUACAGACGCAUGCAUCGACAACAGAUCCUGGCAGGCUAACCAAUCUAGUGUCAAAGAUAAAAUAUAUGAAAAUUUUCCAGCACACUCUUACAUGGACAAGAUAAUUUCCUCUGGUAAGAGAGUAGGCCUGCCUGACAAUGGUGACGAAGUUGAUGAGAAACCAUCGAGCUCAGCUGUCGCCGACGGAAGCUUGCAUGUGUACGAGUAUUGCUGCAUCCAAAGUAACACCAUGACACCCAGCUCCGGUUGCCGAGAGGGCGCUAGACAAGGAGUGUACGAAGCAAUGUGAUGGAAAAAGUAUGGACCAUAGAGAUGUUACUCUCUGGUACGCACCUACGACAUGUACGACGCCCCCUACCGACACGAAACUUGUUGUCUCCCUGUCAACAGUUCAGGUUCAGCAAAAUAAUGCGUUGCUGUCGUCGUAUUUUGACAGAGAGAAAACUAUAUACAUGUAGAGAAGUACACUAAACUAGUCGAGAUUUGACAGACUUUUGCAUACACUUGCUCUUCGUGCACCGGAACCCUUGAAUUCAUUUUAACGUUCGUAUUGGAUGUGACUUUUACCUGGAGCUGAAACUGAGACGUAUCUUCUGACGAUACGAGAUAUAAGAUCCAUUCUUUGAUGCAGGGGUGAAAUUGUGUAGAGGAAUACUUGUGAUUUGUGAGGAAUCAUUUUCCGUGUAGUUUUCACUGAGGUUAAACUACCUACACACCUUGCAGCCACCGUCGUUUCCAGUUCCCAAGGACCAUCAUGUCAUUUCGGAAAGCCACUUCCCUGGUCUUUCUCAUCACGUGUGUGUCUAUUGCCCAUCCUUUGUCAGGCUCCAACGUUUGUACCUCAUUAAGUCUUGUUCCAUCAACUGUACUUCAUUCGACAUCGGAUCUGGAAUUGAACUGUGAGGAGUUGGGUUUUACAGAUGGUGCCUGUCAGGCGGCAAGGAAUGGCAGAAUAAGUUUCAAUGAUCUAUACUUGACGGUGACCACUAAUUCGUGCUGUGAUGGAUGGAUUAAGGAGGGAGAAACCUGUUCACCCUGUCCAACUGGGCGAUAUGGACAUAACUGCUCAUUGACAUGUCAGUGCCUGAAUGGUGGUUUAUGUGAUCACGUGACUGGGAAGUGUAGUUGUACAGAUGGUUGGACAGGAAAUCAUUGUCAAGAAAGGUGUACUGUUGACAGGUACAGCUCGAACUGUUCCCUUCUUUGCCUUGCUGUGUGUGAAAAUGACGGAGUAUGCCACCCUUCGAAUGGGCAUUGCUUGUGCCAAUACGGUUGGGAGGGCGAGUCAUGCAACACCCAAUGCGUCGGACAAAGCUGCCACAUGGAGAGUGAUUCUUGCAGCAAUGGCGCCCCUUACGAUCCUACAGGACACUGCCUAUGUGCUCCAGGGUGGCAAGGUCGUUACUGUACCGAGCCCUGUUCAGCCAACAAGUACGGAAGCUUCUGUCGGGAAACGUGUCAAUGUCAGAAUGGUGGGCUCUGCAACUGGGUGGAUGGUUCCUGUUUCUGUCAGCCUGGUUACUCGGGGACGUUUUGUGAGAAUCCCUGUGAGGAGGGUUUCUACGGGCGUGACUGUGCUCUGAGAUGUGACUGCCCUAUGAGUGGAGGCUGUGACGCCGUAGAGGGCGCUUGCCUUGCCUGUCCAAUCGGACACAGUGGGCCCAGAUGUAUCGAAAACUGUCCAGCAAACUUUUGGGGCUUGUCAUGUAGCAACUAUUGUAACUGCCUUGACCAGUCAUUAUGUGAUCCAUUCACGGGUGAAUGUCCAGGUCAAAGCGUACCUGACCCUUCCCCUUCCACAUCAGGUCUACAACCAGGUGCAGUAACGACUACAAUCACAAUGACUUCCACACUGGUCUCGAAGUCAUACCCUAUUCCCAGCGACAAAGGCUCACCGCAUAUGACAUCGUAUAUCAUACCACUCGUCAUAUGUGUCCUUCUCGCUCUCGUCGUCGGCCUCCUAGUCGUGAUCGCAUUAAAGCAACCAUGUCGCUCGAAGUCAACUGUCAGAGCAGAGGGAAUAGUGAAACUUAGUCAUCAAUAUGCCGACUGCAACGGUGGAAAGGAAGAAGGUGUUUAUGCUGAAAUAGUCGACACGGAUGGCGGAUACGAGAUUCCCAUGCUCGACGACCUUGACAAACCAUCGACAUCAUCAUCAUCACCAACAAGAAAACCUCACUGUGAAGUCAAUUAUUACCAGACUCCGCCUGUUCGAGCGCCAUCUAAUGACGUAACAUUGCCAAGUCCGACAGUGACGUCGAACCAAAUGGAUAGCAAUGGAUAUCUGCACCUAAAUGAAAGUAGGUCGCCACCUCCGGAAUACCAAACUAUCAUUACUAAAAACCAAUGGAAUCUCAAGUGAGGGUAUAACGUCUCAAAAGGAGUAUUGUCAUUUGAAACAAGAAUGCAACAAUGGAGACUUUCAUUUUCCUGUAAAGUUCUUCGCAUGCCAAGUAAAAAUUGGCAUACCGUGUGAGAUAUAUGCAAUGACAUGCUACUGACUGCGAGGAAUAACUUUUUUUAAACAUACAAGGGUGCCUUAUUUCGAUUUGUAAACGAUUAUCCUACAUAUUUACCAUAAAAGAAAAAAGAAUGUUUAAUCCUAGGAAGUUAAGGAGUUGUCCCCAGUGGCGCAAUGAGGCAAAUAUGUUGAUGGGCUUAAUUUUGUAUACAAAACAGUAUUGAGGUGGAUUCGUUAGCAAUUAGCGAAGCGAGUGAGUAAAAAAAGGGGUCUUUUUACACAUCAUUGAUUUUGUAAUAAAUGAUAUUCAAUGGAACUAUGCUUUUGUAAAAUAUGGAACAUUACAUGAUUUUUAUCAACGGUACAUUUGGUGAAAAAUUAUUGGGGUCAGCAUCCACCCCCAUCAAAAAGUAAGAAUAAAUAAAAUAAUAAAACAACAAAAACACCAGCAUGCAACUGUCACCAACCAAGGUUGUGUUUUAAUCAUCCGACUCUAUUUUUGGUUCAUUUAGAAUUAUUAUAAACAUUGACGAAAAUACAUUGAUCUGAUUUGUAGCAGUACUGACUAAAAAUGUGGCAUGAUUAUUGAAUGCAUAAUUUGUCGCUGCAGUUCAUAUGUGUAAAAGUGUACUUAUAUUUAUGUUAUAUUAGUCAGUACUCGAUAUAUGGCGGGGUGGUUUUGUAUAUAUGUACGUCAUUGUACAGUGUAAAUGACCGAGGCAUCGUUUCACAAAACCAUGCACAUUUUCUUGUUUAAUCCUACUGCCAAAAAAAGGAGAAAGUGAUGGUGUACUGCGCCCACUGCGACAUAAAAAAAAAAAAAAAAAAGUUCACACCUAGUUACCAAUAAUGCAUAUAGCAUUUCCAAUUAUUUGCUUUCGUUUUGUACAACGGCUCCCUCUACGACGAUGGAAUUGGCAUUCUGCGCUUGCGGAAAUUCGGAAACAAUGUAAUAACUGCACAGAUAUAGCUGUCAACAGUCGAAGAAGCACCCGUCGUCCAAAACGAUUCCCUUUAACAUGUUUAAAAUUGUAUCGUUGAUGUUUCCAUGAAAUGAUGCCUCUUAGAUAAUGCAUGAUAGGUAUGCUGACAGAUAAUAAUAAUGAUUGUGAGUGCGUGAAAAUAACAAAAUUUUAGUUCUGACGACCCCAUAUUGCUUAAAGGAAAGUCAUAACCAACUCAUAACCAUUAAUGAAAAAAUACCAAGCAAGAAAUCAAGGUUGGAGUGCCAUCCAUUAUAUGAUAGUCACAGUGGGGAUUAAAAAUGUAUACACGAAAAAUUGAGGGAAAAUAAAUUGUCAUACUUGUACUCACUCAAAGUGAUAGAUGUUGCUGAAUAGCCUACAUAGGCUUCCAUGAAAUAUGGAAAUGUAUAAGCUUAAUGAAUAUGACAUAUUUUAUUGUUUCAAGUCACGUCUGUUUAUUUUAUCGAUGUAUGUAAAAUAAAUGCAAAGAAUUGACUAAAUAAAUCGACAUUGCUUAGAUUUAUUUUAAUAUAGAGAUUUUCGAACUACAAUACAUGUACGUACUGUAGAAUUCAAGCGCAGUGUAUUAACACAUCAGGUUCGAUAAUUAAAACGAGAUUUGAUGAAUU